CGACAUUGAAUUGAACCCUUCCCAAAUCCCAAUCACUUCGCUCAAACACGCAUUAACCAGGCAAAUUUCUUCGACAAAUGUCCCCCAGAUCCUUUAAAUUUGGACAAAUCAAAUCAAACUCGUUUACCUCAUCACCCUAUAAAAUGCCCCUCAAGCAUUACCUUCCCUUCCAUCUCAUAACACAAACCCAUCAAACACAGUUUGCUUGCUAAACAGCAUUUUUCUCCUCCCUCCAUAAUCAAUCAUGUGGAACAGAGUUUUCCUUUCUGGGUUAUUGAUUUUAGCCUCCCUUGUCCACACCAACGCCAUUCCCAGUCACUCUCAUCACCACCACUCCUCCCAUUCCCAAUCCCACUCCGCUGUGCUCGACACAGACGGCAAUGAACUCCAAGCAGGGAUGCCAUACUACAUCGUCUCCGCCAUCAGGGGAGGCGGUGGUGGUGGUGUCUCCAUGGACAGGAGAGAAAGCUCCACCUCUCACGGCCACACGACCCACACCCCAACCGUGAGACAGAGUGCCUACGACAUGAACAUGGGUACCCCAGUUAUGUUCUCUCCAGCAUCCAUGCAACACCCAGAAUUAGCCUUCCUUGGAGAGAGAGAAGAGGGGGAAAUGAUGAUUCAGGAAUCGAUGGACAUGAACAUUAGAUUCUCCGGGAUGAAUAAUAGGGUGUGGCAAGUGGAACAGCAGGGAAAAGAGGAAUCGUCAAGUUCGAGGGAUUCGAUGAGGUUUGUGACAUUGGGAGGAAAGCCAGGGUACCCAGGGGAAUCGACGGUGAGGAACUGGUUCAAGAUUGAGAGGAUGAGCGAGAGCACCCCAAUGUAUAAGAUUGUUUACUGCCCCAACGUGUGUGAGUCUUGCCAAAUGAUUUGCGGAAGUGUUGGGAUCACCAAGAGGAACGGCAACCGAUGGCUGUCGGUGUCGGAGCACAGUGAGUUCCCCUUCGUCUUCAUCAGAGCCCAGACACAACAGUAA